UCUGCUUGAACCACUGGCGAGAUUAUCUCUCAAACACCAACAGAAUGUGGUAACUCUUGCAGAGGUCCACACCUGCAUGGACAGUAUCUACCCUAGACCUCCUUCAAGAGUACAAAACAAGGUACGUAUAAUUAGUACCAUAGUUAAGUUCUAAAUUGUUAGAGGUCAUUUAUUAUGCAUCUGAAAUUUAAUUACGGACUUCUAUGAAAACCUGAACAUUUACUUCUUGUAGAGACAAUGAGGCUCUUAAGAAGCUAUUAGAAGAUGGCUGUUAUCAGAAUGUUCUGACCAAAGGUAGCUUCCCCAACAUGAGAUACAAGCUUACAGCGGCUGUGACAAGCAGAUUUUCUCUUCAUGCUUCUCAGACAGGUGUUAUAGAGGCUACUCGGAUAUCUAACUUCAGCUGCUGGCCGGCACCAGACACAGAUUCUAUUGCAGGUAGAAAUUUUGUAGUUAAAAACUAUGACAUGGACUGCAACUUUCACUGCAACAGUGCAGUAAUUCUCUUAUGCUACUAAAUUAACUUGCAUCGUCAUGUAUUCUUUAGAAUAUGGAGACCAUGAGGUAAAAUCAAUUCUGCAGCACUUCUCGAACACACUCAAACAAGCAGGCAUUGAUGACAGUGACACAGCGCUGACAUGCGAAACAUCAUUCAGUCAGAUGAAACUGAUCAAGACAAGCAGGCGAGCUAGCAUGAAAGAGUCCACUUUAAAUAACUUGAUGUUAGUCAAGCUGGAGUCUCCUCCAGUUGCAGACUUCAGCCCUGAUAAGGCAAUUGACAUGUGGCUGGCAGCACCUUUAGCAACCAGGAAACUGAAUUACAGACGGAGGUCCAAGGCAACCUUGGCACAGAAAACCAAACCAGAUCUACAUGUAGGAGCACAAGCAGAAGGAUCGGCAAAAGGGGAUAUAGUCCAGCCUGAAUUUGAAGCCGCAACAGAUUCUAAUAUUGCUGAUAUAGAACUGGAGACAGAUACUGAUAGAGAUACUGAUACAGAUAGCAGUGAUAACAGUGACGAAGACUUUUCUGCAUAUAAUAAAGCUUUGAUGAUGAUGGAGUGUUUCAGAUCAAAUAAAUAGUUCAAAAUAUGUGAAUGUUUUAAUGUUUCAAUAUUUUUUUGGUCCCGUAACAUAUCAUUCGGUCUGGUAAAAAUAUAUUUUUUACUGGACCGAAUGUCCAGUAAAGGAUUUUGUCUUUUGGCGAAGACUGAACCUCAUCGUCAGCGAGUCCCUACGUUAGUCCAUCACGAACGGCAACAGUCAAAAUUGGGUACAG